GAAGUAAUGUUGAAAAUGGAAGCUGAUUUCUUUUUUAUGAGGGGGGAGGGGGAUCCUCACCACUUUUUCUUUUAUUUGAAUAAUAAAAUGCUCAUUUCUAAGGUCACCAAAUUCUGAUAUAAGUUCUUCCCUGCUCUUGCUGCACUCUGCCCCGUGAGACCCCCAAAAGCCUUUUCCUCAUUGAGCUGCUUAAUUACGCCAUCUCAGUGAUUAACAUCUGUUCGCCAUUUGCUACAGCCGCGGAUACAUACAACUACUACUCUGUACUAGAGAGAGAACCUCUGCUUCAACGUCGCCGGCGAUCAUGGUGUUCACUUCCGGUCGGCCGUUUCUUUUCAAGAGUAUCCUAUUUGCUUGCGUGGUCUACUUCCCUUCAUCAUUCCCAACGCAAGUUGAUUACUUGGAGGAUAGCCCAACAACUGUGGGGAAUAUAAGCUCCAUAAACACAUCUUCUUACGAUUUUGAUUCAUCUUUCAAAGUGAGCUUGCCACCGGCCAUUCUACAAUCCUUCACUUACCCCGCACCCUUGCCGCAAUGGCAAACAGGCGCAGCAGGAGCAUUCGCAAGUGGAGCAAUUGACCUUGGAGGAUUAGUAGUGUCCCAAACAAGGAACCUCACUCAGGCGUGGAAUACCAGCACGGGCAAUGGCGCCACUUUCUUCGAACCAUCGUCGCUGCCAGAGGGAUUCUUUAUUCUGGGAUCAUAUGCACAACCGAACAAUGUCCCGCUUUUCGGAGGCGUUCUCGUAGCGAAAGACAUCACGGGCCGUUCAUUAAGAAAACCGACCGACUACGCCCUCUUUUGGUGUAGCCAGAAUAACAGCAAGGCAGGCUCUGAUACCACACAGCCUGGCUACUUUUGGUUGCCUAACUGCACGGCAGGAUAUGUAGCCGUUGGAUACCUUGUGACAAACACAUCUAAUAAGCCUCCCCUUGAGAAAAUCAGGUGCGUCCUUUCCAAUUUCACAAAUGCAUCUGUGACCGCCGGUGAUCCGAUUUGGAGCGUGGAUGGGGUGUCAAUAUCCACUGCCAUGCCGCAAGAGCGCGGGGUCCAAGCCCGCGCCCUGGCCAGCUGUUCAUUCAUGAUUCAAGCCAGUUCGACCAAUCUUUCUUCACUGCCGCCGCAGCCAGCUUGCUUGAGAAACGCAAACCAAAAUUUCUCAUGUGCAGCGAUGCCAAGCAAGUCCCAAAUCCAGGCUUUGAUGGAAGCCUACGGUCCUUUAUUUUACUUUCACCCGAACGAGAAAUUCCUGCCUUCUUCGGUGGAAUGGUUUUUCCAGAACGGGGCUUUACUACGGUGGAAAAAUGGAUCAUCAUCAGAAGGGGGAGUUCCAGUCUGGCUGAACGGCUCGAACCUUCCUUUAAAUGGAACCGGGUACUGGUUGGACCUCCCGGCUAACGCUACAGAGAAGCAGAGAGUGAAGAAAGGUGACGUAGAGAACGCGACGACCUAUGUACACGUGAAGUCAAUGUUUGGCGGGACGUUUACCGAUAUGGCGGUUUGGGUGUUCUACCCCUUCAAUGGCCCCGCCUUUGUGAAAAUCGGGAAAGAGACGAUCUCUUUGGAAACAAUAGGAGAGCACACGGGCGAUUGGGAACACGUGACGUUAAGGAUUAACAACUUCGACGGGGCGUUAGAAAGCGUGUUCUUCUCACAGCACGCGGGAGGCGUUUGGGUAAAGGCCUCCCAGCUGGAGUUCUGGAAUGGCACAAAUAAACCGGUGGUUUAUGCAUCCCUGCACGGGCAUGCUGCAUAUCCGAAAGCGGGGGAGAACUUGCUAGGGAGUGGAUUGGUGAAGAUAAAGAAUGCGGCUGCGAUUGGAAAGGUGUCCAUGGACACGGGGCUGAACUUCACGCUUCUGUCCGCGGAGUGUUUGGGCGACGACGCUGUGGUUGAGCCAAAUUGGUUGAACAGUUCUUUAGCAUGGGGUCCGACUGUUAUCUAUGCCAUUGCAAAGGAGCUGAAAUUUCUCCAACAUAAACUGCCCCCAGAGCUUAUGCAUGAGCAAGGACCGUGUAGCCCAAAGCUCAAAGAAUCUUGGAGUCUAGAUGAAAAGUGUUGGAAUUAACCAAUAAGCCAUUAACCAUAUACUAUCGUAUAUAAUCAAAUGUUAUAAGAGAGUUGUUGUUUGAUUGUUGGAACAGUUCAUUUUUACCACUGUUUGAUGAAUGUCUCUGAAUCUCUGAUUAUAUUUAACUACGUGCGUCGUGCGGAUAUGGAUUUGAACUUAUCUCCAAACUUUUACACAAACUACAUGCAUCCAGUGUUGUAUUGUAAGUUCAUAUAGCUUAGGGUACGUUUGGUUUGGGGUUAUCAUAUAUGCCGGCCCGAAUCUAAUGUCCGAAAUGUAAGAUAUCCGUUUGGUUCACAGGUUCGAAAAUUUUUGGGGAAUGAUACAUUCCCAAAAUGAUAAUAAUGAUAUCUCAUUGCCGG